CAAACUAGCAGAAGUAGGUACGUCAAUGUACCACGUGAUUAAACAUGGUGUCUUGAUUUUUACGUGAAACGGGAAGGUUUUGUUUUUACAUAAUUUCAAACACACUUGACCGCUUUCAUUGAUGCAUAUUGGAGUCGAUGGUUCUGCAGCCAAAAGGGAGUUAGCAUACGCAAAUAAUUGGCAAUUCCAAUCCUGUUGAUAUGAGAUGAGUGAUACUAAACGUGAUAAGGAUGUAGAGACAGAGGUUGAUGUUCCAGCCCCUAGUGUCACAACGUCACCACCAGAUGUCUCUAGUAGUCCCCCUGUUUCUGUAACAUCAUCGCUGCUCACGACUGACGUCACUGCUGCUGCUACUGCUGUCAAGGAUGAUGUGGUGACAGAUGUCUCUGGCCCCAGCGAUAUUCUAGUCAAUGCUCCAGCCUGGAAUGUUGAUGAGAAAAACCCAUUCAAUGACGUGAGUGAGGAACACAUGAGCCAACUGGACUUGGUGCUGCAAUCUGAAGAAGUCCAACAUAUUCUCCAACACCUCCCCCAAGAAACCGGUGCUACAGGGAACAGUGCAAAUAUGGCCGACAACCUGGCCCAGAGCUCACAGGGAGAGGACAAGGAAAAGGUUGUAAUUGAUGUGGGAUCUGCUGACAUUGAUGAUAGUUUUAGUGGCAUGUUUUCUGACACCAGCCUGGUGGUGGACACGGGAGAUGAGAGCAAGGCAGAGGACGCCAUGGACACCUCCACCGAGGAACCUCUGAAAGUGGAGGAGGCCCAGGAUUUUGAGCUGGAUGAUGCAACUGCUGAACACAUUUUGAAGGGUGGACUGAAGAUGGGAGAACUGGCUGAUUUUGCUGCAGCAUUCACUGACCAUGCCUACUCAACAAACUCACAGAAGUUACGGAGGUCCCCACGCUCAGCGCGGCGUGUGGAGGAUGCAGAGAAGGGUGGUGUGGAAGAGAAGAAAAAAGAAGAGUGUACGGAAGACGUCAGCGAAAAGAAAUUAAAAGUGACCAAAGUGGAUCACAAGUCACCUAUUAGGAGAUCUACGAGGAUCAGUGAGCAUGUCCAAAGGGAACAAGCAGAGAAAAUUCGCCAGGAGAACUUACGGAAGGAGCGCGAGGCUCUGGAAGCCAUGAAGCGAGAACAGGAGAAGGCUAAACUGAUAGAGGAAGAGGGUGAGAAACAGGAGGAUCAACAGCAGGAGCAGCAGGCAUCAAACAAACCUGAUGGCAGAGGCAGCAAGAAAACAAGGGGUCAGAAAUUGGAGAAAGAUUCAGAAGAUGAUGUGCCAUUGAAACAAUUAAAGGGAGGAAAAAAGAAGGGAUUCAGGAGCAGCUCUGAGGAUGAAGAUGUCCCACUGAAAGUAGUGCAAAGAAGAAUGAAGAAGACAUCGGAAAGUUCUGAAGAUGAUGUACCGUUGAAGCAAGUGCAAAUAGAAAAGGCUGAACAAGUAGAGGCAACAGCCACAAGCAAACAAACAUCAAUGAAGGUAGCAAAAAUCAAUUUUUCAAAAGCCAAGGCAUUGUUCUCUGGUUUAACUGUGAAAAGUGGUGGUGGAGCGAAAGAAGAAGCUAAAGCCAAACCACCAGAAGAUUCCUCUUCAGAGACAGGCGAUGCAGGGACAAAGACUGACAAUAAAGAAGCUAAUGAGACUAAAUCGGACAAAAAGGGAGUAAAAAAGAAAUCUGGAAAACAGAAAAAGUCCGAUGCUAAGGUUGAAAAAGAGACAGAGACAACAGAAGUCGAUACAAGUGAAACAGAAUCUGUGACGAAGGUGGAAAAAGAAAAGAAUGUGCCUGUGGAAAGAAAGAGUAUCAUUCAAACUCGAAAACAAUUGGCUGAAACAGAGAAGGAAAAAGAGUUAGAUUCCAAAACAACUACAGAUAAGACCCCUAGUGCAGAUUUGAAAAAGCCAGUAAAGAAACACCCUGCUGUGAAGAAAUUACAAGAGGAGGAAGUAAAGAUGGAGGGAGGAGAGGAGGGAGGAAUGCUGUCAGAAAGUGACUACGACAGUGCCAAAGAAAGGGAAGAUAAAAAGCACGAGACCAAGGAAUUUAAGAAGAACUUGGAGUUAAAAGAUGAUUUGUUUGACGAUGAGGAAUCUGAGGGCGGCAUGAGUUACGAAGACGAUGAAAAUGACUCGGAUUGGGGUUCUGAAGAUGACCCUGAAAGGCUCUGGUGCAUCUGUCAAAAACAACACGAUAACAGGUUUAUGAUCUGCUGUGAUCGCUGUGAAGACUGGUUUCAUGGCAGCUGUGUUGGUAUCACCAAGGCCAGAGGCAAGGUGAUGGAAGAGAAUGAGGAGGAAUGGAUCUGCCCAGUUUGUAAAGAUAAGGAAAAGAAAGAAGCAAAAGAAAACAAGAAGUCUGACAGGGAAACCAGUCCUGACAAAAAGAAGAGAGAUGCAGAGGAUAAAAAGAAAAGUACAAAAGAGUCAGACUCUGAGUCUGAAAAGGCUAAAUCUUCUGCAUCUAAGAGUGCUAGCAGGGAGUCGUCUGUCUCCAGAGAUACAUCUGGAGAGGGAAAACCCAAGUUACUAGGGGAGAUAAGAAAGAAGGAGAAAAGACCAGAUCAAGAUGAUGGAAAAAAGAAGAGGAAAAGGUUCAAAGUGUUUAAGAAGAGCCCCACCAAGGAUAAAGACAAGCCCCCCAGACAGCACUGUAUUAGUACAGGGUGUGAGGAGUGGGCUAGAGAGGGUUCUGUCUACUGUAAGCCAGGGUGUAUUGUCAAACAUGCCAAGGAGUCCCUGCAGCUGCUGGAGAAGGAGAAGGCUAAGAUGGCUGGGUUUAAGUCAAAGGCAGAGAAGGGUAAACAGGCAGAUAAAGUUGUCGUCUUGGAGAGGCACUCAGGUCGUCUUGUUACAGGACCAACAGCGCCAACUACAGAAAACCUGGAGAAAUGGCUGCAGAGACAUCCCACAUUUGAAGUGCUGCGUCCUGGACAACAGGCUGGACACAUGCACUCUGUGAAUAGGUUCUACAGCCAGAAGAAAGAACGCGACAAGGAAAGAGAAAAGCGUGAACAAGAGCGAAAGGACAGAGAAAAGGAGAGGAACCAGAAGGAGCGACAGCGGGAAAGAAAAGAAUCUCACAAAGAUUCCGCACAGCCCAAGCAGGAGCCAACGUCCACUACGUCCACCACGGCCGCGGCUGACCCCAUGCCAAUAAGAAUGAAUGUCAGAAAAGCCCUCAAGGAUACACUGAGCAAGAGGGCCCAUGACUCAGAUGACAUGGUGAUGACCAAUCACGAGAUCAAGAAGUUGACCCUCACCAUAGAAACGGAGUUGUUUAGAUUGUAUGGGGAUGUCAGUAGUAAAUACAAGGCCAAGUUCAGGAGCCUCCUUUUCAACAUCAAGGACCCAAAGAAUGAGGGAUUUUUCCGUAAGAUUUUAACCAAUCACAUUAAGCCUUACAAACUUGUUAGGAUGUCUCCUGAAGAAAUGGCCAGUAAAGAGUUAGCAACAUGGAGAGAAAGAGAAAAUAAACACAUCCUAGAGAUGAUAGAGCUGUCGGAGAAGGAAGCAGCCAGCAGUGGCAGCCAUGUUGUCAAGAAAACUCACAAAGGGGAGGAGAUCAUCGACGAGGGCGAGGACUUGACUAUACUUGCCGAUGAGGUGAAGCCAGAGAAGCACACCCCCUCCUGGCCUGCCUCUGAUCUCCUGGGAUCUCUGAUCACAGACACCACUGACAAACACAAGACCCAUCUGUUUGACCUUAACUGCAAGAUUUGUACUGGGAAGAUCAAGCCGCCCAGCGAAGAGACUCCACCCCCUGCCAAGAAGCCCAAGAUUGCCAAAAUGGUACGGAUUGAAGGAGUGAAGGAAAAAGAGGAAAAGGUGGAAAAAGAGGACCUGCCUUACUUACCAAAAAGUGAGGUAGCCAUGGCAUCCACUGACGUUGCUACGGAAGUCAGGGAGCCUCCUUCUGUUCCUAAACCUGAGGAGAAGCCACCUGUGUCUGUGGCGAAGGAAGAAGUGAAGUCACCCCCAGCUGAUUCUAGUUCUAGUUCAAUACAAUCCCCAGACUCAGCGUUACAGGCAGGCCUGGACAAGCCAGCCAGCAGACAGAAAGAGAACUCUGUCUGGAAGGGGUUUGUCUUCCAUCCUGAUCUACCAAAGUUCUUCACUGUGGCGUACAAAGUGUCUGGCCCUACCGACUUUCUCAAUAAUGAUCUCCCAGACACCAUCCAUGUGGUGGGCAGAAUUGUCCCAGAGCAGAUCUUUGACUACCUGGACAAGCUGAGGAACUCCUCAUCACGGGACAUUAUCAUUAUACGCCUAGAGCCACCAAAUGAAGAGGAAAAGAACAGUUACGUCCAGUUUUACUCAUACCUGAACAGUCGCAGCCGCUGCGGUGUGGUAGCCAAUCAUAACCCUCAUAUAAAGGACAUGUAUCUCAUUCCUUUGGCGUCACACAGUCGCGUGCCAUCAGUUUUGCUGCCCUUUGAUGGACCAGGACUGGAGAAAACCCGCCCUCACAUGAUAUUGGCAGUGAUUGUCAGGUCGAAGGCGGUGCUAAAGAGGCCACACCCCCAGAAGGCAGCAAGCAAUGAGAGUCAUGCUGAUAGUCCAAAGAGAGGCAGUGAGAAACAUAGCAGAGAAGAAAGCAGUCCUAAAAGACACAAGCAUGACACCACUCCCGAACAGCACCAUCAUCACCACAAGCACCAUCACCGCCAUCAUCCUCAUCCUCAUCCCUCCAAGCAGAAAUCACAGGAGAAAAUGGAGGAGUCCCACUCACCGCCACCAGCAGAGGAAGUUCACAAACCCAAAACUGGAUUUUAUACCCUGCAUACUGUGGAUAAAAGCAGCUCGGAGUCAACUGCCACAAGUACCCCUGCCACAGUGGAUGUGUAUAAGCCUCAUAUGACCAAGAGCAAUGCAUGGAACACUGAGGGCCAAGAAGAAGAAGAGGAGGAAUAUGAACCUUUACCUUACUCUGCCAAGCAGGUGGCUGCCUCAGCAACUAAAGAAGAAACCACCGUCACUGGAGACCCCAUUGUGAAACAGUUUGGAAAAGGCACUAGUAGUUACUCCCCCAGCCAGGGUACUCCUGGGGAAAAUGAUGAGGACGCCCCCUAUGAACCAGCAGAUGAUGAUGCUCCUGUCUUGCCAGUUGCUCAGCAACAGCCUGUAGUGGCUCCAUCUAGCCAGCAGACAGUCACACCAGCAGCACCUCCGGCUGGGCAGAGCCAGGGGACUAGUGACAAACCAACAGGCUUCAAUCUUGGCAGUGUAGAUGUCAGCAAGAUGAUAGAUGAGAUCUCCAAGGCCAAAAACCCAGCAGAGAUGACUGCAGCUCUUCUUGCUACCAUGGCGGUGAACACAGACCUGGGGGCCCAGAGGAAACUUCUUAUUGAACUCACUAGGAAGGUUGAGCAACAAAAAAAGCAACUGGAGCUAAAGAAACUGUCACAACAAGUGGAGGAACAAAAGAGACAGGUGGAAAUGAAAAUGCAGACUUUACAAGGAUUUCAAGCUGGACCCCCAGGCACAGAGAAAACAGGUACCAAACCACCAGUCUCAGUGGGCAGCAUACCCCUUCCUCCAGCACCAAAACUGUCUGCAACAGAGGCGACUGCAGGUGGCAGAAAUACAGCACCAGGGGGAGCCUCUUCACAAAUGACUUCACAAAAAGGCUCGACAGGGGGAGAAGUCAGUGCAUCAAAGUCAUCUGUGGAACCCCAAGGAGCCUCCAGAGUGCAGCAUGGUGAAGAAGGACCAAGCUCAGGAGGACAUCCAGGAAAGACAAAAGCAUUGCCACCGAGUUUGAUGGCCAAUCUGGCAAAAUUUCUGCCACAUCUCAACCUGCAAGCUCCGUCUGUCAGCUCCACAGCAGACCCAAAGAAAAGUGACAUAGGGGGCGCCACAACAAGAGGAGACCUCUUCCCCAAGGCUGAUAUUCAAGGUGUUCCACCACCAGGUCAAGGACAACCAUCUGUGUCCAUCUCUGUCUCUGCUAGUCCCUCAGCAGUUACCGCUUUACAAGCAGGUGUCAGCACUAAAGGGAAAGGGGCAACGUCCACUGGAGGCAGCUCUGACUUAUCUGGGUUCUCACUGCUGCCCCCUGGUAUCCAAGCAUUACUGACUGGAAAGGAGGCUGGAAAUAUCCAGAGCUCUGAAUUGCAGGCUGUUCUCUCCAGAGCUCAAGCUGGGACUAGCAAAGAGCCAGCUGAUCCUAGUCAACCCACUUCCUCUUCUUCAAUAGGUGGCGCUACAUCAAGACAGCAUCAAAGCCAAGCUGGGACAUCUUCAGCACAGAGAAACUAUUUAGAUUUGAGUCAGAAGGGUGUUGACAUUGGACAAACACACUUCCUGACACCAUAUGAACAAAAAUUUAUGAGUCCAAAUAGAGUGGACAGUACAGAAGACACUUUAAAAAGUCCGACUACUCCCUUUGGCGGGAGGGGUAAAACUCCUCUUGGUGAUGCGUUAUCACCCCCUAUUGAGCAUUCAUCACAGUAUUCAGGCAGAGAGAGACACAAAGGUGGCCUGGGCAGUUUGCUGACCAGUGACCCAACUGGACUGUCCAUCUUCUCCCUGGCCAGUAAGCAGAGUGGGGGUGGGGCAUAUGGUGGACGGGAGGAGAAAUCGGUGAUUCCAGGAUUCGGAUUCGACAGUUCCCAUCAGGCUUUUGAUUAUGAGGAACCUUCACCUGUCAGGGGCAAAGCUGUUGAUUCUACAAGGCAUUUUGGACAUACAAAGUCCACUGAACCUUUACUGCCAGGCUUUGGCGGACCUGAGGAGCACCUGGCUGCAAAAGCACUGAGGCAGCAGGAUGAACGGACUGAGAACCUCUUUGGUCAUGAUAACCAUAGCAAAGAGACUGGACAGACUCACAAUAUGGAUGACCUAAUCUCACAACAGUCACAUUUCUAUCAACAUGAGGAGGGUGCGGGUGAUGACGACGCCCACACCCAGCCUGCCUUUAUUUCUAUUUCGGAAUGGCAGAGGAGGGAGACGCAGAGGCAAGAACUGGCUUCCAGAAAGAUGGAAGAAGGCAAAGCUGCAGCAGAACAGGCUGAGAAGUUCACUGUGCCACCACCUGUUUUGACUGGAAAGGCUACUCCCAUGGGUGGUCAAAAAGGAUCAGACAGCCAGUCAAGCCAACAGGUACCACAGCAGCAGGGAGGUGAUUUCUCCAGAAAUCCCCCAACAGGCAGUGAUAAGUCCAAAGAAAGUGCUGCACAUGGUCUCCAUCCACCUUUAAAUCAGCCUAAAGAGAGCAAGAGCAGUGAAAAAGAUGCCAGGCCACAAUCCGGAAUUGGUGGUAAAAUAGCAACUAGAACGCCUGAUAUACAGCCAGGUGGUAGUAGCAGUUCCAGUGAUGUGGCGCGGAGAGAAAGUGUGGAACAAGACCAAAGAACUGGAAAGAGAUCUGCUCAAGGAGAAAGUGGCCGUUCCUCAAGAGAUCGGCAGUCAUCUCGAGACAGGCAGUCACCCCACAGAAGACAGAGUUCAAGUAACAGGCGAGAAAGUCCAGAUAGAGGUCAUGGGAGACGGAGGGACAGGAGAUCUGGUUCUAGGGACAAUAGGAAUAGGAGAUCUCCGGACAGAAGGCGAAGAAGCAGAUCACCGAGAAGAGACCGUGAUCGAGGCAGGGAUCGCUCAGAUAGGGACAGACAAAGAAGGGACACAGGUGAUAGGUCUUCACCAAGAGGUAGAAGGCCAAGUUCAAGGGAAGGUUCUGUGAAGUCCAAUGAUAGUAGUAGUGAAACUAAACAAGCAGGGAAGGUACAGCAAUCUGCCAGCACAGGGAAGUCCAGUCCAGCUGGAGAAGAUAAGGACAAAGCACUGAAAGAGGCAGGAAAGCAAGCAGAGGCAACCAGUGUGAAGGAAAGAAGUAGCCAACAGGGGGAUCAGCAGGUGGGAAAGACGCAGCCCCCGGGAAAUAAUAAAUGGAAACCUCUUGGUGCUUCUGCAAAUGCAUCCCAGCCAAAAGCACAUGAUUCAAAUACUGUUUCUGGAAAUAAAAGUGAGACAGGUCAGUCUUCUGCUCAAACAGGUGCUCCCAUUAGGCAAUCACCCAUGUCAGCACAGCAGGACCCAAAACAGCACCCACCACCAUCAUCCUCAUCACAGGGGAGUAAAAAUAUGUCAUCCAUGCCCCAGUUUCAGCAAAAGCAGAAUCAGCCUCCUUCUACGUUACAACAGAGCCAAAAUAAGCCAACCUCUUUAAUGCAGCAGAAGCCAAAUCAGACUGGUCCAUCAUCACAAAGUAAUAAUCAAUUAUCAGGCCCACCACAACAACAGCAGCAAAAUCAACUUUCAGCAGCUGCGAAACAACAUCCAAAUCAGCCACCAGGCUGGAAUCAGCAGAGGCUUACUCAGCCCUCCAAACUGAACCAAACUCAAGCCCUGGGACCUGCUCAGCAGAGGCCAAACCAGAUGCCCCAACAGAACCAGAACCAAACAGGACCUACCAGCCAACAUAAUAGGCCUCAAAUGCCACAGGUGCUACAACAGAGGUCACUUCCACAGAGUACUACACAAGCCCAACGUCCAUUUCCACUUAAAGGUGGGGUCGGGAUAUUAGGAGAUGCACCAGCAAUGCAGCACCCCUUAAAUAAACCUGGGGAUCAGCCCCAGGGGAAUAGACGGCCAUCCCAGGGGCCAACAGAGCAGACAGUUGGGCCAUCACCCCAGGGCCAGGUGAAACAGCCUUCUUCCCAAGGCCCACCCCAAAGUCAGUUAAAUAGACAGUCUGGCUUUGGUUCAGGAGGGCCAAUGAGUGGGCCAAGACCACCCGCACCCUUUGAUCAGAGGCACCAAGCCCGUGCCCCAUUUAAUCAACAAGGCAGACCACAAGAAUCUCAAGACCAAUGGAAAUUUGAGCACCAGCAGCAAAGAGAACAGCAAAGUCAGCCUUCAAGAGGUUUAUUAUCUACCCCAGCUAGAGCUGCCGACUCUCAGCAGAAAAAUGAACCUCCUCGGAGUCGUGAAGGCUCUCCUCGAAUAAGAGAACAAAUCCAUGAAAGAAUGCAACAGCAGCAGCAUCAACAUCUCAGAACAGAUGGUCUACCAGGAAGAAGAUCGCCACUCACACAACCCCCUGCAGAUGGUGGACCCCAGUCCAGGCUUCAUGGUCGCCCAGACAAGAGAGGUCUGCUUGGUGAUAGACCACAGGGUGAACAGCCUCACCAUUCAGAUGGCCAAAAACAAGGACCAGGUGCAGAACUAGGAUGGCAAGAGGAAAGUGGUUCUCAUGGCCCUGACCAUAGAGAUACAGGAGUGAUCCCUGGCUUUGAGGAAAACCAAGGAAAUCCUGAUCAUGAUUUUUUGCGACCUCUGCAUCCACAUUCAAGGGAAAGACUGUUUAGAAUGGGUCCACCAGGUCAAGACUUAAGAGAAAACUUGGAAUAUGAAUCUGGGAGAAAAUCUCCACAUUUUCAUGAAGAAAUGGAUGCCAGGAAAUUGAAUCCCAGGAGCCGAGGGAGAGGAUAUCCCCGUGGAAUGCGGGGCCGACCUCCUCCACCAGAACACGGGAACUUUGAUAGACCCUCUGAGGAAGAACUUCUGGCGCAUAAUUGGGAGAACUUUGAACAAGGUGACCAAGAAUUUUCAGGAUAUGAAUCCAUAGAACCACAACAGAGGGAUUUUAGAGAAAGACUGGCUUCAAGAGAUGUGGAGUUAAGAGGGAGAGGCAGAAGAAGACCUGGACCUCACUACCCUGGCCAUGAAAUGAUAGAAAACAGAAGGCCAGGAAACUGGGGAGCAGAAGAUGAAGAAGAAAUGAUCCACCAAGGUCACAUGUUUCCUGGUCGGGGCGGACCUCAUCCAGCUGAGUUAGGAAGAAGAGGUCGUGGGGGACCAGGAUUUAGAGGAAGAUUACGUGGCUUCCCUCCUCAGCACCCCAGAGGAGCACCCCAGUUUAGAGAAGAUACUUGGGAGGAGGGUGACCCAGAUCAUAUACACCAGGAUCUACACCAUGAGGGUGAGGAGAGAAUGGAACAUUUUGGUCCUGAAGAACAUUGGGACCCUAACAGGCCAGAUGCACAACAGAGGAGAGGACCAGUAGAUCCAAGAGAGGAAGCGGAUCACCCAUUGGACCAACAAAUGAGAGGGCCUGAAGGGGAUAGAAUGGGUCUGCGUGAGGGUGGUUUAAGGGGUAGGCCUGUGAGGGGUCUAGGUCCAAGAGGAAGGCCCAUGAGGGAUCCAGAUGUAGAGAGAAGGGUCCCCCCAGGGAUUGACCCUUGGGAAAGGCCAGGGAGAGGACAUCCUUUGAGAGCUCCAGAUGGUGAAAGAAUGAGGCCACCCGUUCCAGCAUUUAGAGGUCAACUUCAACAUGUGGCUGAGGGCAGGGGAUCACCAUUAGUUGAGUUUCAAGAAGAAGGUGACGUGCAUCGAUUAAGACCCCCUCAGGGUGAAAAAGAGUCCAAGGGUCUUAUUGGUGACAGGCCACCACAGGGCAUGGGGUCCAGUGUGGGGCUGUUGGGAGAUAGGCCUGCAAGAGUUCCUGAACAUUUUAGAGAUGAAUUCCAUCCAGAAAAUGCAGGUGAAGAGUGGGGUGAAGAAGGGCAUAGUGCUUCCACGGAGAGGCCACCAUUUAAAAGAAGACCCCCUCCACCUGAAUGGCAAUUGCAACACAGGGAGGAAGAUUAUCCUAUAGAACCAUCAUUUCCAGGUGAUGAUGGCAUGAGAAGUGUACAUCAACACAUGUCUGAGAGGCCACCAAGAGGUAGAGGGCUGCCAAGAGGUAGAGGACUGCCUCCAAGAGGAGCCGGCCAGAUGAGACCAACAGGGGAGAAGAAGGUUGUAUCUUUACUAGAUCUACCUCUCCCAACAGAUGAACAGCAUGGUGAAGGGGAAGAAUUUGAUCACCAAAGAGAAAUAAAUGAGACAGAGUUUAGGGACCCAACACAAAAUAGAAGAAUAGCAGGACUAUUUGACCAUCCAGUUCCUGAAGAGGGCCAAGGUCCUGGACGCAUGGAACCAAUGCACCAGAGGGCAGCACCAGCUGGAGAAGGUGACAGGCCACCAAGACGACCCCACCCUGAGUUUGAAAGGCGAGGCCCACCUCAUGGUGACAGACCCUGGGGACCCAACAGGAGACCUCCACCCCCAGGGCUCAGACCCCAGGGCCCAGGUAGAGAAGACCAAGGGAGAGAAGCCCCAUGGUAAUAAUGGACAGUUUAUCCAUACACUGCAGCUGAAAAUAUUUGUUGGACCCCAGGAUUGAUGUACUUAAAAAAAAAAUUGCUGGGAUAUUGAAGAUCUUCACCAUUUUGAACACUAGAUUUUGUAUUAAUUUAAACUAUUAGUUAAUUAAUUGAUUUUUUGGUGGCAGAACAUUGGGAAUUCUCUUCACAAACAGGUGAACUUUGCUUGAUUUGGUAUUAUGUGCAAAAACCAAAGGAAUUUUGUUAACAUAUGCUAAGAACGGUUUAUCUUUUUGGUAGUUAAGGAUAUGAAAUCCUUUCAGCAGUCAACAACCUGUCUGACUUUUUUCUCUUUUUAGUAGACAGGAUUUAGUAGACAAGAUGACAGCAUGGCAAUAGUUCAGGUAUUUCAAAUUAACUGUGGGGACAUUGUGUUACUUAAUGCGGUGAAUAUAUUUUCAAUUUUUUUAAUUUUCAAAUUCCUCACUUUCUCUAAUAUUUUACUUUCAGUAUUCAUUAUUUUCAUAUUCUUGCACAAACUAUCUGAUGUGAAGAUAUGUCACUUUUCAAAACUUUUGAAUUACCAUUUUUAAGUAUUACCAACAAAAUACCGUUUUUAAUGUGUUGGAUAACUUGUCAAAUUCUUUGAAUUAAUAGAUGAACAGCUGUAGUACUCUUCUUUCUUAAACAAUAAGUAUAUACACAAACAUAUAUGAAGAUGAAGCAGCAUUUGCUUUAGAUAGCCAGUCGCCCAGUAUGUACAUGUAAUGUCUGUACAGUCAUUUCUUUGCAUAUUUGUGUAUACUUGAGAGCACAUGAAUAUAGUGUAUAGUGAGAAAACAUAAUGAUCUCAAAGUUGGAAAAUCAGACCCAAAUGUUUGCACAGUUCUUUAUCUUUUCACCCAAGCUCAGAUUUUAUUUAUGUGAAAAGGUAAUGGCUUCUCUAUCAAGGAUUUUAGAGUUUACAGACUGCGUAAUAUAUCCUGUUCAUUGAAAAUGGUUUAAGUUUCGUGAAAGGAAACAAUUUUCAAAGGCUAGUGUGUGUGAAAUUUUACAGCAAAUUUUUCCUUCCGAUCUGUGGUAAAAAAUAGAUGUUUAUACCUAAACCUGGGUGGACUCAAUAUGAUUUAACAGGGCUUGUUUUCAAUAGGACUAACCUUACCUGAACUGACACAAGUUUGUCACCAAAACAGUCCGCUGACAAUUCUUGUGGUGUAAGGCGGGGCAAUGUUCUUCAUUUAUCUUUAGUCUACAUACUGGCAUAUGACUUAGUUUUGUCUUUUUCCAGUAUUUUUUAGUGAAAAUUCAGUGAAAUGUUAAGACCAUUUUUAGUGAAAAUGGUCUUAACAUUAUAAAUCAAUUCUUUAUAUAUCUAUAUUCCAUGGUAGAGUUUUAGUGGCAUUUGUUAGUAGCAUCUUUAGGUGAAUACCCCAAUAAUAUUUUUAUGUAACAUAUGAUACAGGUGUUUGAGAUUAGGUUUGAUAAAACACCUUGAAUUUUCUUACCUAAUGCAAUAUCAAAAAGUGAUUAACAUUAAUCACGUACUUGAACUUUUUAAAUGUUUAUGUAUAUAUCAGAACCGUAGAGAGGUUUACAAUUCACAGAAAGAUAUUAUCAUGUCAUAUUGGGAGUGGUGUAGCAAUAUGUGAAUUGAAUGAAACCCUUAUAUUCUAACUUAAAAUGAGCUUAGCUUGGCAUUGUAAAAACUUGCGUCAAGUGGUUUUAUUAUAUUCAGCUUGUUGUCUUGGCCUGUAAAGUAUGUCUUGUGAAGUUGACAAGAUGCAGUGGCUUCUGGAUGCCAUUCUUACUUAAAUCGUUAUGUAAUCUGUGUAUGUACAUACCUGUAUAUAUAAAAACAUACAAUGGCUUCUUAUAAUUGUUAUGUUUUAAUUGUAAUAAAGGUAUCAGCAUUGGGUACAUUAAUUCA